UGACCCCUAGACGUGGCAUGGUGUACGAAUUCUAUUCCACGUCCGCCAUAUUGACAGUAGGCACCUUUGGGAGUAAUUGGUUAAUGUGUUAGCAUUCUUUAUAAAAAUUUAUAUAUUUUGUGAUUAGAAAAGUUUUUUUAAUUAUACAACUGCCAACAUGGGGAAUAUGUUUGCAAAUUUAUUUAAAGGCCUUUUUGGCAAAAAGGAAAUGCGGAUAUUGAUGGUAGGAUUAGAUGCUGCUGGUAAAACUACGAUUCUUUAUAAACUCAAAUUAGGAGAAAUUGUAACAACUAUUCCUACAAUUGGUUUUAAUGUGGAAACCGUAGAGUAUAAAAAUAUAAGCUUCACUGUAUGGGACGUAGGUGGUCAAGACAAGAUUCGUCCAUUAUGGCGGCACUAUUUCCAAAAUACUCAGGGAUUGAUCUUUGUCGUAGACAGUAAUGAUAGAGAACGUAUUGGAGAAGCAAGAGACGAAUUAAUGAGAAUGCUAGCCGAAGAUGAACUUAGAGAUGCAGUUUUACUUAUAUUUGCAAACAAACAGGAUUUGCCAAACGCAAUGAAUGCAGCAGAAAUCACGGACAAAUUGGGAUUACAUUCGCUCAGAAACCGCAACUGGUAUAUUCAAGCAACGUGUGCUACAAGUGGUGAUGGUUUAUAUGAAGGUUUAGACUGGCUUUCCAACCAGUUAAAGAAUGCCAAUCGUUAAAGUUCACUAAGCAUCGCGCGCAUGUACACACCAACACAUUCGACGACCACCUCUUUAUUAUUUGCUAAAAAAAAUUAUAAUCAAACAAAAAAACCAACAAAUAUAAACAACAAAUUUUGAAAAGAAGAUUUCAAGGGAGAGCGGCAUUGGCAGCAAUUAUUGACUGUUUGUGUUGUGGGUACUUUUACUUCAUAAAUAGUGUUUUUUGGAGGUGGGUUUAUUUUUCUGAGCUUGAGUAGAACGUUCACACAGGGGCAUUCGUUUCAGUAUUUCAUCCCCUGUACAUUCUACACAUGCUACUUACUAUUAUGCCGCCUCCUAAAAAAAAGUGCGUGGACUGCUAUUAUAUAGUGUGUGGGCAAAAUUGUUCACACUUUUUAUUAUUAAUAAUAAAACAAAAUACUUCUAAAUAA